CUCGUACCACUUCCAUCAUUAACCAAAUUACUUAAUCCGCUGGUUUCUAUUAAAAACGCAACAAGGGUGAUGUUCCUCAGUAACGAAUAACACACUCCAGCUUCAUAGAUGCAAAUCCCGAGGAGCAAAUAUUUCUUUACAUCUGCUUAAUAAAUUUUAGAUUGAAACCCAUUUUUCAGUUAACGUUCCUUCAGACUCCUGAGAUAUGAAUAAGCAGAUUUUAUAUUUUUCCACCUAAUACAGAGGUUCUUGAAUUGAAGACACACUUCAUCAUGUCUUCAUACCUAUAAAGCUAAACGAAAACAUAAAGAACGCUAACUCCUUUGGCGGGAACGAUACCAAGUUCAAGGUUUACACAAGAUGAUGGGUCACUUUCUCAAAAUAACGACAAAGGGCCUGGUUCUCCGUGGUGGUAUUAUACUUUCAUUACUAGACAAUAAUCGGAUUAUAUUGAUAACAAUAUGAGAAGUCAUACACUUCCCACGUAUGUUCGAAGCAACGUACGUUACUUAUGAACUGGAUGUACAUCCGAUCAGACGGUACACAUCAACAAAUUAAGAAAUGCGUUGUAAAUCAGCCGGCCUAGUGCGAUUGUAUUUCUGUAUGAUUAUUGUCACGUUACGUAAGACUUACAGUAAUCUUUGCCAGAUAGUUCUAUCUACUACAGAGAAGGAACAGAAAGCUAGUUUUGAAAUGUUACGUACAUCAUCCGCCCGUCCAUGGUAAAGCAUAGGCUACACCCGAACUUACCACAGGUCUUUUGGUGAAACCAUGGAGUCUUAACCCAGACUUGGUCUAGAAGUUAAGGUACUCAAGCACCCAACUUUAAGACGAAAUUGACCAAUUUCGGAACAGUCCCGAUCAAGUCUAUGGAUGGGUUCUAAGAAAAUGUGGCAGAAAUCUAUAAUUAGCUCAGUCUUUGGAUUUUUGCUUAAAAUUUAUCUGAAAUCACCGUAAAGUGGGAACUUUUCCUUAAAUUUCCACACGCAUUAAGAAAAUCCUGUAAUGUAACACUUUUUUUCCUAAGAAAAUGCUAAUUAAGUUUUCAUAUAGCUAAUAACUACACUAUUUUGUGUCGUUAUGAACCAGAAUAGUAUUAUUCUGUUCGGAACGUUUUUGCAGCACGACUGUGUAUUUAGACCUUUUCGACUAAUGUCUAGAUUUAUUGUUCCUGAUUAAUAAAAAAAGUCUGGAUUCGUUCCCAAAAAAUAAUGUAUCAUCUUAUUUCACUAGUUGGUUUCAAGUAUGUUCUAGACUUUCAUGUGUGGUUUUGUGGGCUUGUAUUAAUGCUUUUAUUUAUGUCUCCGUAUGCUUUGUAAGUUGUUGACUUCUGUUUUUUUUCCUGUUAUUUUUCAGUCUUAUGUCAACUCGCUAGACUCCUAGCACCAGCUAUACACACUAUAAUCUCUGAUUUGACCGUCUCAAGCGGUUUUGUAAUUGAUAGAAAAGCAUUGUUAUUGUCAUGAUUUUACAUCUCUUUUUGCUGGUCUUUCUUACGUUUGUUAGAGGGGAAAUUGUGAAUGAUGUCAUCUUACCAUCUAAAUGUGAAGUUUGCAAGUUACUUGUAACAGAAAUUCUGUCACGUCUUCAAGAAACCAAGUCAAGUGAUGCUUUGAACGUGAGAUCUGUCCAAGGGGAUUCAAAGAAGGUUAAAUAUGAAACAUCAGAACUUAGACUUUAUGAAGUUCUGGAAGAUCCUCCUAUUUGCAACAGGUUACUUCAGUACAAAGUUCAUAAAGAGCGUCAAGACAGUAGCAGAUUUGAUAAAGGUACACCCCAGACGAUGAAGUCCCUUACGGAACUGGUAAACCGUGGCGUUGAUGUGAAGCUGGAUGUCCCUUUUGAGCUGUGGGAUAAACCAUCAGUAGAAGUAACAACCUUAUUCAAGGAGUGUAUCCCACUCGUUAAUGAAUACCAAGACAUUAUAGAAGAAUGGUUUUACAGCAAUCAAGAUAUAAAUCUUUAUGAUUACCUUUGCCGUGAAAAUGUUCUAGACAAAUCUUCUCAAGGGUGCUUGAAUGAAAAAUCUCCAAAUCAACCCAAACAUUCACCAGAAUUACACCAGUCGGAAGAGUUAUAAUUUAUGUACAACAUAUUAGCGUCUCUUGACUAGUUUUCAUUGGUUCUACAUUUAGAUUCAUGGGGUUUUUGCACGUGUAACUACAUUUCAAGUGAACUUUUUUUUACUGACCAAUAAUUGUAUUGUAUAUUCCUUUUUCAAAUAAAUACUGAACAUUUCUAAUCAGUUUGUUUUUACGUUU